AUGGAGUCCCAAGCGCUGGUGUUGCAGCAUAGUGAGGAGGAGUUGUUUCAGCAUUUCUUGCAGCUCCGGCGCGAGGGCCGAGAGCUGCGCCGAGCCGCCGGACGUCAUGGGGUUUCUGGGGCCCUGACGCAGGGUGCUGUGGGCGCUCCCAGGGCGCCCUCGCCCAGUGCGGAUGACGACCAGGAAGCCAAGGGCUUGGAGGCUUUCUUAGAGGAUGGCCAGGUGCGCGGUGGCCAAAUGCCAGCACUGCUUCGUUACGCCUCGGCGCCGUUGAGCAGCGCCGAGAAGCUGCGGGUGCUGCAGGCGCUGCAGCAGUCGCAGCCGCAGAAGUUGGAGCGCUUCGUGGCCCUCAAUGGGCCCAAGCUCUUGGAGCAAUGGAUCUCCCUGGAGGUGCCAGUCUUGUCGAAAGCCUGCUUGCAGCUCUUGAGGAAGUUGCAGAUGAAGAAGCAGAUGAUCGAAGACUUUCAGUUGCCACAACGCCUGAAGCAGCUGGAGGGCGAUAGCGAAUUGGCCCCAGAGGUCAAUGCUUGCAGAGAGUGUUGGAAGUUGGAUGACGAGGAACCAGAAGCAUCUCAAGCUGCAGAUGAGGCUCCUGAGGAGGUGGUGGAGGUGAAAAAACGGAAACUCUCCAGCGAAGAAUUGGCAGAAGAGAAGCGAAAACGCGAAGAGCAGAGGCUGCUGCAUGAGAUUCGCAGUCUUGGAGACCUCCUGGAGAAUUCGGACUUUUGUGUGGACAGUCUUUUCCCAGUAUUGAGCUUGCAGGGCUUGAAGGUCACAUACGUGGCUGCAGGGGAGGCGCAUUCUGCUGCGGUAGAUCAGCUGGGAGGACUCUACACCUGGGGCCAGGGCUCCUUUGGUCGUUGUGGCCAUGGGGUCGGCACCGAUAUGCCCAGCCCCGCGCGGGUGGAGAGUCUGUCCGGCCUAUCCAUGUCACAGGUUGCUCUGGGCCUGAUGCAUUCUGUCACUAUGUCUGUGAAGGGCCAGCUGUACACGUGGGGCAAGGGUCCGGCCACCGGCUUUGAUGUUGAAGAUGUCAUCACGACCCCACGGCAGGUGAAGUUGGAGUCUCGCGAUCCGGUCUACCAGAUCGCCGCAGGGCCGUUGCACACUGUUGUCUUGAUGCAAACCGGUGACGUGCUCUACUUCGGUUCUGGUACCGACGGGCGGCUGCCAUACAGGAAUACCUUUGAUGGCAGCCUGGAAGAUGUGGCCUCGCCCACGUUGUUGAAGCCACCGGAUCUCAAAGUCAAGGCCUGGGCCGCCGAGAAGACCAAGGCUCGAGGUCAGAGCCGUGAAGCGAGCUGGUGGCCCUCGAGGUUGUGCUGUGGCAGCAGCAGUUCUGCAGUGCUGACAGGCUCUUUGGAGAAUAUGUUGCCUGCUCUUGCUGCACCUCGGUAUCGGGUCCGUGGCUCCUCCCUAACGAUGGUGGUCGAGGCGGACAACUAUCUGGACGUCUACCGCAACUCGGCCUUUGUUGCGCCUGACAUCUCCGCCAGCCUCAUCCCCCUGAAUGGAGUGCGGCGCGUGGUGGCCAGUGAUACUCCAGCCAAGGUCCUGGUCUUUCCACUUGGGGUCGAGCAAGGGGAUGUCUUGGCCUUUCGCCUCGUCACCAAUCGCCCGGAAGUGGUGAAUGUGACCAAUGCCCUGGGGCAGAUCUCCCAGUAUCCUGCACCCCUGGGGCUCAUCAUGGCUUCGCGCAAUGGAUUGAUGUCCUCCGGCGAUUUCAAGUGCAGUACACAGGAAAAGGCCCUCAAUGAAGAGAGAACGCCCUUCUUCUACAGGGAAUUCAACGACUCCGCAUGGCCGCAAGCCUAUGAACAGCCGGAGGAUUGCUGUCCCUGGCGCGAUCCCAUGCUGGUUUGGGAGCGGGUGAAUGCGCGGUGGAUCGGCCCUUCCCCUUUGGACUAUCCGCUGAACAUCUCAGGGCCCAGGCAGCUGAACUGCCGCUACCACGUGCCGGGCUACGAUGUACCCACGAACCUUCCAGCGAGGGAGAGGACCAUGGAGAGCGAGAGCGCGCCACUGCUGAACAUCACCGCCUUAGAGAUUUCGACUUCUGUGACGAAACUCAUUUUCAGCGUUGAACGGAAGGCAAAUGUGUAUUGUGGUGUCAUCGAUGCCCGGUAUGAGUUGCGGGUACCAACGCACAAUGAACUGAAGAAAUGGGGUACUGGCAUCACCGGAGUCAGUGGGGAUAUUUGGCAGUUGGCCCUCAUUGGCGACGAAUUUUCCUCGCAGGAGUUGAAUGCCAGCGUCCUGGUGCGAUUGAAUGUGGCGGAUCAGGAGUCUUGUGAGCAACAGUGUUUGAACCGUGACGCCUGUGUGGCGCUGGAGUUCUAUCUGGCGGGCCAGCACACCCAGACAGGAACCAACUGCAAACUCAUCGAGGAUUCCUAUGAUGUCGACAAUCGAUUUCCUGAGUCUCCAAUUGCCAGCUUCGUUCAGAAGUACAAGUUCAUGGCAAAACCACAGCAUACUAUCACCAUCAGCGGUCUCCUCUUUCCCAACACCGUUUACAACACCUACUGUUCAGCAGAAGAUCCAGCCACUGGAGUGCAUUCCAAUUGGACGGCCAUCACUGCCACAUAUCAAACUGCCCGCACGGGUGGCUGCUUCAAUUGUGGCAAUCUGGUGCCCCCAGACGUGGUCCUUUGGGGCGGCUUUGUUGGGGCCAAUACCAUCGGCGUCGUGGCGAGCGCCAGCGAGCCGGGCCGCAUCUUCUGCAACGCGUUGGAGGUGAACGGCACCAUGGAGACGGUCAUCACGGGGACCUUGGUGCGUGAGCCCAACUACUUCGCCAUUGUGACCAGCGGGGGCAUCACUGUGUCCAUCACCGUGGGGGGAUUGCUGCCCAUGACGGAGUAUGAGGUGGCCUGCAUGGCCGAGUCCGACGGUGGGGCGGAGAGCCUUCAGCAGCAGAUCGACAAGACGCGACGGAGGAUGUGGACGGAGGAGGUGGAUAGCACCAUCAGUUCCAUGCGCAUCACCCGGGAGGCCAAUCUGAUGUUUGAUGAGAUCACAGUGAGUACCCAGCUGGUGAGCAUCGGCUACUUGUGGUGUCAAGUCUUCCCCAGCGAAAACCUGCAUCAGUUGGGUGUGCCCACUGCGGCAGCACUGCAGGAAGCAGACGAGUUGAAGGUGGCUGACCUGCAGGAGUUGUCGUCAGUGACCUUUGCGGAACUGGAUCAAAACACCUCCUACGACGUCUGGUGCACUGCUGAGUUCAACGAUUUUCGCGAUGAUCAAGCGGGCCAGAACUUGCUGACACCCUUUCCCAAAAGCACCAUCUUGAGCAUCGAGAGCUCUUACUACACGGCUUACGUCCUGGUUCAGGUGACGAAGGGUCCGGCCAGCAUCUUUUGCCAAGCAUAUCCGUGGGCCUUGAGACCCUUCACAGAACGGCCUCCCAUUCCAGCCGCGCUGCAGAUACAGGCCUCACCCUACACCACGAAUUAUAUGAGUACUCCAUCUGGACGUGUGCUCAUCGAAAUUGAGGAGCUCACCCCCGGCAGAUAUUAUGAUGUCUACUGUUUCUCUGAGACUUAUGUGCCUCCUGCAGCCACUGGAGCCGACACAGUGGCGCAGUUCGGAAUGGAUGCAGAGUCCAUCCUGCAAACCCGGACCCAACUCAUCACGUUGGGGCCCUUCUUUGAUGAUCUGGGAUGGUCCUGCGUCUCGGGAAGGCCCUGCAACGUGACCGACUUGCUGGGCUUUCACCUCUCGGAAAACGAUGGUCUCUUUGUGCGCGAGGACGGGUGUCCCAGAAGGUGUCGGUGCCAGGGAGUGGCGGAUGCCUACAGCAAAGGAUCGCAGUGUUCGGAGAUCUCACAGGAUCCUACUGUUCAAGCUGGGGUAGGUCUGACAGAUGCCAAGGAUCCGCGGGGGGCCUGGUGCUAUGUGGAGCCAGGACAAUGUUCGGACGAAGAGCAAUCCAUGGUUUUUCCUCAACAUUUUCUGUCGUACAAGGUCUGCAGCUAUUUGGUGGAGGUUGGCAGCGGCGCCACCGUCCCCGGCUUCCCCAACGGCGGAGUGGCCACCACCCUGGCGGACGGCCGCGGCUUCAGCUGGGGCGAUCAGCCCAUCGUGGCAGCAGGGAAGACCUACGACCUCUGCUGGUGCAACGGGACGGCCUCGGGCUGUUUGUUGGAGGCGGAUUUCUCCGUGCGCUUGGGGCCUUUGCAUUUCGGUGGCCCCUCAGCCCAACAAGCUGCCUCUGUGGAGAUCUGCCGCGCGGGGCUGCCAUGCUCAGUGGCGAAUUUUCAGGGACAGGCCAUCCAGAAUGGCUCCCGCCUGGUGGUGCUGCCCCAGGACCCCCGCGGCUGCCUGUGGCAGAGGCUGAGUGAGGUAGACCCCCCAGGUCUCAUGGACUUUCCCAACAUUGGGGUCUCGGAGACCUUCGAUGAGGCCACACGCAGCUACAGCUUUUACGGCGACCCACUGAUUGCACGUGGGGGGCACUACAACCUCUGUUGGUGUGGCCCACCGUCGGAAGGUAUCAUUCGAGUACCUGGCAAGGAUUACCGGCAGCCCGAUGGUUUGAUUCCGCCUGCUUGCCCGCCGGUGAGGGCUGAGGACAGUGGUUCCUUCCUGUCCCCUGCCGGGGUGUUACAGCUGAUCGGGCCCUCAGGGCAGGCAGACACCAUCUGCCGCCUGGGGGUGAACUGUGCCGUGCCGCAAGUUUUGGGCGAAGGCCUACAGGGCAGUGACCGCGUCGCCGUGCUGCAGCGCUGCGGACACGCUGCCGUGCCGCCCACGGGGUGGAAUGGAGGUGCCUCGGCCAAAGGGCCUGGCUGGACCUCAGCCGGAUGGAUCACACAUGGCCCCAGCUUGUCAGCCAGUUUGAUGGCAUCCUUCGGUGCCCCGGGCUUCCCAGCGCCGGACGGGGUCAACGCAUCAGAUCGAGGAGUCUACGGUUUUCCCAACCUGGGCAUUUCCGUGGCUUCCUCCGUGGUGGGCUACGUCUCCUGGGAGGGCCCCGUCUGGGCCUUCGCGGGCAACUACCAGCUCUGCUGGUGCGGUGCCGAUGCCACCACCACCGGGUGCAAGUCGCCAAAGGAUUUUCUGGUCCCUUUCGGCCGGUUGGUCCUGAACGGCCCGGCCGUGUUGCCCUUGGCGGCCCAACAGUUCCGCUGUGUGCGGAUGCGACAGUGCGAGAUUGAACGCUUUGAAGGUACCAUGCCUCCAACCAGCAAAAUCAUGCUGGCAUCUGGGGAAUGCGGCACGGAAGGACCUGGUGGCAUGCCGUUGAAGGGACAGUCUCUCCCUUCCAAAGAUGGUUUCCACUUCUACUGGGGCAGAGAAGUUGUGACAGCGGAUCCAGGGAAGUACCGCCUGUGCUGGUGCACCGAGGGUCAAGCGUGCGUGUUGCCCCAGCAGUACUUGAGUUACUCCGGCAUCAUGCAGAUCAAAUUUCCCACCUACUCGCCCCUCCGCUUCUUCUGUGGCUUGGCUCGGCCCUGCAACAUCUCCGGCAUCCGGGGUGAAGGGCUCAGCAACGAUGACCGGGUCAUGCUGCUCACGAAAUGUGGUGCGGGAACGGCAGAGGAAGCCACCUUUUUGGAGGGCGCCUUCUCCAUGGCUACCUUCGAUGAAGGCGGCACCUUCCUUCUUCCUGCCUCGGUGCAGGCAGUGUCCUAUCAGGUGUGCUGGUGCGCGGCAGAACAAACCUGCGCCAAUCCACCAGAUUUCAGUGCGACGCUGGGCUUUGUGGACUUUGGUGGUCCGCUCCCUGAUGUUGUGUAUCGAUGCUUUGAGUGGGAAGCCUGUGAAAUCGAAGCCCUAGAUGGAACCUCUCUUAGUGACGGUGACAGGUUACUGGUGGUCCCAGAUGGCACGAACUGUUUGGAUCUACCUCCUGGCCUUUUCCAAGAAGGUUUUCCCUUGCAGGGCUUGUCCCUUCCAGCCACCGAUGGCGGACGACGCUACUCCUGGGGUUCUGGCCUCGUCCGUGCCGCAGUGGGCUACUAUGCCUUGUGCUGGUGCAGCAACACAGGGGGCGUGGCCGAUGACAACAGCAGCAACCAGACGACCGUGACGAGCUGCACUGAAGAGGGGCCAUUUAGAGUGCCGGCGGGGGUGAUCAGAGUGGGAUCCAGUAAAGAGUUCCAGUUCAUCAGCAACUCUCAGGAGAUUCCGCCACGAGCAGCCGACCCUCAGCUCAGUUGGCUUCUGGCCAUCCCUUUGCCUGCGCUCUUCUUUGGGACGCUGACGCCCACGGUCUCCCGAGGUCUGGGCAUCUCCCGGGUCCGCGGCCGCCGCAGCGGGCGCGAGGCGCCCGAGGCGCCGCCGCUGGUGGCGGAGGCCGACGCGGUGCUGUCGGCGCAGCGGCUGCGGAGCAUGCUGGCUCUGGACUCAAAGGAAGUGGCUGAUACUCGCGAUGACAUCAGCAAACUCAUGGAUCGCAGUCGGAAAAACUCUGAUCAGAAAUCCAGCCUACUGGCCUUGUAUUUGAUUCUGCGGCGCAAUAUCCAGGGCAGUACGGAGCUGAAACGAAAGCAAAAGCAGACCAAAAAGGUCUAUGGCAAGCCGAAACAAUUGGAGCGGCAAGGGACAGGUUUGAGCCGCUCCUCCGCCAAUAGCUCCUUUGCGUCGCUGAACAGAUCCGAGAAGAGCGACUAUUCCUUCAAGUCCUCCAAUGAGAACAAGAUGGUGUCGCAUAUUCCACUUCCGCCCCGCUUGGAUAUCCACAACUUCCGAAGCCCCACGGCCAACAUUCCGGGUUUGGUGGAAAUUGUGGAAGAGGACGAAGACGGCUUUGCGCCCUUAGAGGAAAUCGAAGUUGAAGAUGUGGACUUCAGUGAAGAUUUGUGA